AUGGCGCAUGUACUGAUUUCACAGCUAUCGUUUGGAGAUUCAAACAAAAGAAUCCUUGCAAGGGUCUCCAGGCUAUGGAACUUUACUGAUCUCAACGAUGAUACAAAAAUUUUCCACACUGAUCUUGUCUUACUCGAUGAAAUGGGGACUAGCAUACAUGCCCAAAUUUACCCCCCUAUAACAGAAAAGAUGAAACCUCUCCUUAAGGAAGAAAAGGUUUACUACAUUGACUCAUUCACUGUUAGGGCUGCAAACAGAACAUACAGGCUAGUUGCAAACAACCUAAUGAUCCUCUUCAGUAAAUGGACAACACUUGAAGAACACAUUAAUGUCCCUCCUCAUUUCCCUGGUAUUACAUUUUCACUGACACCAUUCGAAGAUGUUCCUUCCCUUGUCGAGAAAAAAUCAUUCUACGUUGACAUUAUGGGUGUGAUCACUGAAGUUGGUGCAGUCACUACUAUACGUCCUAAGUCCAGAAACGCUAAGAGCUUAAAAAGGACAUUACAGAUCCGCGAUGCAAGCAAUUCAACUCUUCCUGUCACACUCUGGGGAGAAAGAGCAACCUCUUUUGAUGCUGAUGACAUAUACAAUGCUGGUCAAACUCAAGCUCAAGUUGCUGUGUUUGUUGGAACACUUGUGAAAGAUUAUAGAGGAUUAGCUUUAGCACAAACUUUCAACCAAUCAAGUGGGUUGAUGAGCCUGCUACAGGAUACAACCAGGAUGUACCAGAAGAAAAGAGGAACACGUUUUAUAGUAAAUGUGACUGUCAGAAGGAUAUGUAAUGAAUAUUCUUGGUGGUACAAUUCAUGUCGAAUAUGCUACAAAACUUCAAAACCAUAUGGCUCUAGCUACAGAUACUCCAGCUGUUCUAGCAUCGGAAUAACAGAUCCAAGGUACAAAGUAGUAUUAAUUGCCAGCGAUGAUGAUGCUAAUGCUACAUUUAUCCUUUUCGGAAGGAUCGCACAACGGCUACUACGCAGGCCCGUAGAAUCUCUCAUUGAAGAAAAACCACCAAACAGUGAAUACAUUCCAAGUGAAAUCACGUCACUUAUUGGUAGCAAUUUUGCAUGGAAUGGAACACAGGACACCCCAACUAGCAAAUCAAGUUCUUCAGCACCUACCAAGAAAAGCAUUGUUGUCUCAGUGUCUCACAUGCAGUCUAGCAAGACCAAACCUAAAACUGAUGAUAAGCCCAAAACUGACACAAAAGCUAAAGAAAACACCUCACAUGAUAAAUCUUCAAUUGUUGUACUGCCUGAUACUGCUGAAAAUAAGGGAAAGGGACUACCAGAAACUGCUGAAGAAGCCAAACAAGCAACCCCAUCCUUCCCUACAGAUACCCUAGCCAAAAAAAGAGGAAGGCCUACACCUACAGCAACACCUCCGGUUGCUAAGAAAUUGUUCAAGGAUGAUGCCCAGCAAAAAGGCAAUGACAGUGAAUGA